CCUACCAGCCAGCCAGCCAGCCACACCCACCUUGUUGCCUGACUUGCCUCAACUGGACACUCAGCUCCAAUGAGCCUAUAUAAAGACCCCAAUGGGUCACUCAUUCAGUGCAAGUUUUUUCUUUGCCUUCAUGACAGACUUUCCAGCUUUUUUCCUCAAACGGAUUUCCCGGCUUGGACCCAACUUUGUCCUGACUUUCCUGCCUUGUCUCUGCCCUGGUAAAGAUCUUCGCCUCCUGUUCCUGACCACAAUUUUUGCCUGUUUCCACCUCAGCUGAGCAACCAGCUAAAACUCAGUUCCAGCCUCUAUAUCAGACCAGCUGUUGAGUCCCCAACUGUUUGUCUCCAGGAUGGUUCAGAAGGUGGCAGUGAUCGGUGCAGGGAUUUCUGGACUGACCAGCAUCAAGGCCUGUUUGGAUGAAGGUCUGGAGCCCAUCUGCUUCGAGAGCAGCCAUGACAUUGGAGGUCUAUGGAGACUGAAGGAGGAGCCCGAGCCUGGACGUACCAACAUCUAUCAGUCGGUGGUCAUCAACAGCUCCAAAGAGAUCAUGGCCUUCAGUGACUUCCCUCCACCAGCUGAGCUCCCCAACAACAUGCAUCACUCUGAAGUGCUGCUGUACAUGCGCCUCUAUGCUGAGGCCUUCAAUCUGCUGCAGCACAUACAUCUCCAGACUACCGUGGUCAGUGUGAGGCAGACCCUGGAUUUUGCAUCAACAGGCCAGUGGGAGGUGGAGACGGAGAGCAGUGACGGUCAGAGGGAGACUCGUGUUUUUGAUGCAGUGAUAGUCUGUACCGGACACUUCACCCAUCCUCACAUGCCUCUCAAAGACUUCCCAGGUAUAGAGAGCUUUGAAGGCAGAUAUUUCCACAGCUGGCAUUACCGCAACUCUGAGGGUCUGCAGGGGAAACGAGUGGUGGUGGUUGGGAUUGGGAACUCUGGAGGUGAUAUUGCUGUGGAGAUCAGUAGAGUUGCUGAGAAGGUGUACCUCAGCAGCAGGAGUGGAGCGUGGGUUGUCAGCCGUGUAGGACAGGGCGGGAUCCCAUCUGACCUCAUUGGGACUUCUCGGAUGAAUCUGUUCAUGGAGAGGCUCUUCCCCUCGUGGAGCAACACGAUGCUGGAGAAGAAACUUAACAAAGCAUUUGACCACAAACUAUAUGGCCUGAAACCAAAACAUGGUUUUUUUGCACAGAUGCCUCUCGUGAAUGACGACCUGCCAAAUCGAAUCAUCUCAGGUCGUGUUCAGAUGAAACCAAAUGUGAAGGAGUUCCGUGGGUCCAGUGCGGUGUUUGUCGAUGGGAGCGUUAUAGAGAAGGUGGAUGUUGUGGUGUUUGCUACAGGGUACAACUACAGCUUCCCCUUCCUGCCCUCAGCUCUGCAGGCUAAAUGUGGUUACAGGCUGCGUCUCUACAAGCACGUGUUCCCUCCUGCACUGACCAAGCCUACGCUGGCAGUGGUGGGCUUCAUCCGCGGCUUUGGGGCCGUCAACCCUCUGUCCGAGAUGCAGGCCCGCUGGGCUACAAGAGUAUUUAAAGGCUUGGCGACCCUCCCUUCAGAAGAGACCAUGAUAAAGGAACUUGAGAAAGACACAGAAAUCAUGCAUCAGAAGUUUGCCUGCACUGAGCUUAACCCCAUCCAGGUGGACUACAUCCCUUACCUGGACUCUCUGGCAGAGCAGGUCGGGGUUCGACCUAACAUACCAUGGCUCUUACUGACGGACCCCAGACUGGCACUGCAGCUUAUAACGGGUCCCUGCACUCCUUAUCAGUACCGUCUGACUGGGCCCGGCAAGUGGGCCGGAGCCCGUCAGGCCAUCCUCACUCAGUGGGAGCGGGUGCUUCAGCCUUUCAGGACCAGAGUGGUACCAGAACCAGAGAGAAGACCUUUGUCUAGAUGGAGCAUCGUAGUAAUGGUCUCAGGUGCAGCCCUGCUGUGCUGCUUCUGCUACAAUAAACACCCUCUCCCCUCUUUGUUAUCCCUGCAGUCACUGCUCAGAUCUCCUCAGUGAGCAGCUUGAUUAUAUACAUUAGUGACAACAUGAUGAUGGAAGAAGCAGUAAAGGAGCACACCUCAGCACAUUCUAUUUGUCAGCAUGAUGUAUGUUUUAGACUGAACCUGAUCUGAAUGAAAACUGGAUUUCAAAAUAAACAUUUAGUCAAA